GCUAGAGACAGUGGUGGGCAGGUAGUCUCGUGGAAUGCUCGUGGCCUGUGUUGCUACAAGAAGCGGCGCCGCAAGAACAAGCUGCGCAAGCUGGAGCGAUUCAUGAAGGCAUCCGCUCUCAUCACGAUCCAGGAGACGCAUGGUGUUCGGCAGCAGCUUGAAGUCAUGGUCGCUUCCUCCCCAUACAAGUACAAUGUCUUCCAUUCUCAGGUGCUCGUCCCUGGCAGGGUGGCGCAGCUGUCGAUCAAGCACCCCGAGCUGCGCUACCAGAUGCGCGUCAUGAAUGUUCACAACUACAACAUAUCCCCGACCGACAAGACUGUUAUCAACAAUAAAUGGAUGGAGAAUCUUCAAUGGGCAAGCAGCAACCACCUAGAGCGCACGUUCUUCGCGAUAGGUGACUUCAACAUCCGAGAGGGCGUCCCUUUGUCAAAUGAUCACCCGCUACCUGAUCAG